GCCGUUACCGUCCUUCGCGGCAAUACCUUCCAGCUCCUGCACACGGCCCUCCUCAGUCCCGCCCUGGGUCCUAUCCUCAGCCGCGCAGAGUAUACUGAGGCGCUGAAGGGUGCCUGCUUAUUGGUCAGUAAUGCAGCCAAUUAUCAAGCUCGAGAACUGGAUGUCAGCCACAAGGAUCGAUUAAGUCAGCCGCCGCUACAGGUGUAA